AUAGGAUAUACCUCCUUGAGAUAGGAUGCUGAAUAGGUGAGUGUCCUUGUUUUUCUUCUAACAGGGAGCCUGAAGGGAAAAAUCUGUAAAAAUGCCGAAAAGCGGUGGUAUAUCGGAUGACACUGGGAAGAUCCUGGCGCUCGAGGAUCUUAUUGCGGUCAUUGACCGACAUGAGAAGACUCCAAGCAAUGUCCCUAAGGUCGACACUUUUCACUUCAAUGGAGAGAGAGUCUCAGACUGGCUGGAUCGGGUGAAACAAGCAAUGGUGGGACUUUCGGAUGCAGUGAAAUUCCAGCGGAUCAUGAGAUAUGUGCUUUAUGGGCACCAUCAGGAGGUGCAGAGGGUGGUCAGUGACGCCAAUGGCGAUUGGGCCAGGUUUAGCGAGGGAAUGCAAAGGAAGUACAGGCUGGGCGAUGACCUGUUAACCACGGGAGACCUGGAAGCAAUGAACAAUGGUAACUUCACUACGAUAGGGGCCUUCGUACAUGAAUUUAAGAAAAGGGCAAGGAAGGUCCACGGGAUCUCUGAGGAGACACAGUGUGCCAUCUUUCUGGGACUACUUACUGCAUCGGGGGCCCAGGAGUUGACAAGUCAUGGAGGAGGGAGUACUAAGCUCACCUGGGCCACCAUUCACAAGGGGGUGGAAGAUAGGAGCCUAGACCAGGUGGAGCAACACCAGGUACGGCUGCAAAGACAGAAGAGAAAGGAGAGGGAUGCUACGGCAUCUGGGACUCUAGGGGUAAGAAAAAUUAUCACUGACAUACUAACAGAGUUAGACCCGGUGAUACAGAGAAAGGUGGCAGCGACAAUUCAGGGAAAGGCCAAAGAGCCCGUAAUAGAGGAAGCUGCCCAGGAAGGGUGGGAAAAAGAGGAGACGGUGCCUCCGCACCUCUCGAAAAUGCAGCGUAAGCAGCGCAAUUUGACGCAAGGGGGGCAAGGUUCGGGAAGGGGCCAGAUGCCCCAAGCGGUGGUAGCUGCCUCCCCGAGUGCGUCGGCACCUUCGAGUAGUGCAGGAAAAAGGAAAAAGACUGUGGAAGUGGAGGAUGACGAUGAUGAGGAGGAAGAAGAUGAGAGGUUGCGCCAGGAAGAAGACCAGAGGGCGGAGCUGAGGGCUAAGAAGAGGGAAGCCAGGGAAGAGACCGAGCCGGUUCUGCGCGACAUGCCGCCCAGGAAAAAGAAAUACGCGGUUCGGUUGGAAGAAGGGUUCGACGUGGAGAAGGUGAUCGAUAGGUUGUUAGAAGGACAUAACGACCUCAUGACCUUAAAGGAAAUCCUAGCGUCAGCCCCUAAGCUCCGCGAUGGAUUGAAGGGGAGGUUGUCGCGGCGUCUGGUGCCCAACGUCCACCGGGGUACGAUCCUGCCCAAGGAGGCGGAGUGGGCAGAGUCGGGCACGAAGAUGGACUGGAAGUGUAUGGCCUGCGGCACAGUGGAUUUGGUAGUGAAGGGCUCCAAGUGUACAGCGAUGGUGGACAUAGGGGCGAAAAUGAAUAUCAUUCAGGAGGCGGAUGCCAUCAAGUUCGGACUGGAUAUAGACCGAUCUGACUACGACAUUCUACAUGGGGCAAGUUGCAGGGCCGUGUUUUGUGGGACAACCUCGAAUGUGUUCAUCGAGGUUGGGAAAGUAAAAGUCAGGGCAUGCUUCUUCGUCAUGCCAGACGUGGAUCACGGAAUCCUCCUGGGGAGGUCAUUUUUGAGCAGGACGGAAACAGUGAUAUUCAAUAAGCAUAACGGGACUUUGAUCCUCCUCCUAUGCGACCCUGCCUGCGGGAAUUAUGAGGUGAUCACCUGCAGGAAUACGGGGCCAAAAAGCAUAAGGAAUCGGCCCAAUCCAGGGUCUUUCACGAUCGAAGAGUCGGAGGGUGAGCGCCGGAGGCUCCGGACAGAGCCAGAAGAGGAAGCGAGGGUUGAAGCAUUCUCCCUCAGCCUGUCGGACGUGGGAAAGGCCAUGGAUUUUGUGGCCGCACAUGAGAUGGCAGAUCUGGAUGCCAUUCAGGCAUUGAGAGAGCAGAUCCAACGGUGCCAGGUGGUGACGUACAUCUGGAUGUUUAACUUCGAGUUGGAACGGAUUCCUGGAAGCAAGAACCGGGCGGACGGGCUGAGUCGUAUCAACUGGGAUGGUAAAAAAGGAGAGGCAGUGGAGAAUACGCCCCCAGUUGAUGGAUUUUUGGAUCAAGAGGAAGAUGUUCGUCUUCACAUUAACAAGUGGUCGCCGCGAGUGCCCAGUUGUGUGGGCCAUCCUAUCUGGCAAACGCCAUGCGAGUAUGAACGGAAGGCAAAGCUAGUCCUUAAGCCUUUUGAGGAGGAGGAUCCCUGGGGUGGUAAAGAUGUUCAGUGGAUGAUGGAGUUGGCGUUGGCUCGAUCGCAUAACUUAGUAGAAGAUAUGAGGGCAAUAGAGGAAGGGUCAGACCAGGUAGAAAGGCAUGAGGAAUUGAUGGGGGGGAUGUAUCUCCUCGUCAACAUGCUACUGCAGGAAAGCCUCGAUCAAGCAGGCUCGUUGAAUCCGGCGGGGAAUGAGGACGAGGUGCCCGAGAGCCAUGACGACGAGUUUGAAGAAGGUGAGAUCAAAGAGGCCUUUCGUGCAGAGGAGUAUGAAGGAAUCUACCUGGAGUUGGGACUCCUUCUGUCAUGCGAAGUACGGCUUAGGGAUGCGAGCGAUAAGGCUCAGAGGAUGAUGCAGCGCUACUUAGUGCGAGAUGGCCAUCUUUUCGUGAGGAGAGAAGUGAGGAAUCCCAGGAGAGUUGUCUGCGGUAGAAAUCGUCAGAUUGACGUCAUGGCAGCACUUCAUGAUGGCAUUGCAGGAGGACAUCGAGGGGUACAAGCCACAUAUGCCAAAAUAAGUGAGCUGUACUACUGGGAUGGAAUGAUGGACAUGAUUGGGAAGUUCUGCCGAUCUUGGAAGGAAGUAAUAGAGGUUGGAAAGGACACGCCCCCUCGGACGCCAGCGGUAGGUUUGAGACUCGGGGAUACACUAGGGAGCACUCGCCAGGAAGAAGGGGGGUUGCAGAGGGAGGAGGCCCCUUUGCCUUCAUCAGAAAAGGCUCCUUCGCCAGAGAGAAGAGCAGAAAGGAGGAGAGAGACCGCAGCUGUAAGGAGAGAAGCCUUGGCCCUGAUUGACAGACACCUAGCAGCUCAUGCCCUGGAGCACCCAGACCUGGAGGAGCCAGCACCUGCAGAGCCGCGCCAGGAGCCGUGCCAGCCCGAGAAGGAGGUGGAGGCAGAGAUCCCGAAGAGGGUCGACCUCCGCACGAGGGAGAGGGCGCCGACUGGAGAAACGGCUGAAGAAAAGAGAGCGCGAAGAAGCAGGAGGAUAGAAGAGAUAUGGCAAGAGAGACAGAGGUUGGAGGCAGCGGGGGCACUUUCGGAGCAGCAGCAGGAAAAGCAGAAAUUGGAGGCAGAAGGGACACUUCCGGAUCAGCCACCCAACGCGCCACCUAAGGCCCCUGAAAUCCCAGAGAUGUGGAGAGACUUCUGGGAGCAAAGGGGAGAGGAGCUUCCAUCGCCAACAAGAGUCGGAUUCGGGGUAGCAAGGAAGGCAGAGGAGAGGCUGGAUCGCAAGAUCAGAUUCUUAACCAAGACAACGUUUGACCGGUACUUGUUGCUGGAGAGCGAUCUGGCAGGAAAGAAGAUGAAGGUCGAGAGCCAUGGGCUACGUUUGGAGACGAUGGAGGUAGAGAUCCAGGAGCUCGGGACUCUAGUGGCUAGUCAGGCUGCCAUUAUUGAGGGCUUGAGGCAGCAGCUUCGAGGGGGAGCGGACAAGGCCGAGAGCAACCGACAGGGGGAGCAGAGGCAGCCAGGACAGGGCUCGCCAGGACAACCAUCUGCAGCGGAGCCCUGCCAGGAGCCACCUAUGGGGAAAGUUAUCCUGGAACCAGAGGAGGCGAGAGCCCAGAGGGAGGAAGAGAGAGAGGCCUUCGAGUUCAGAGCCCCUACGUAACUCGCGACACUACCUAUAGUAGCGGCAAACCCAGUCAUGCCAUUGGCAG